AUGGGGGGUCAGGGCAAGCAGAUCGGGGGCCUGGCUCUGGCGCUGAUGGGUGUUUUAGGAGUGUGUGUGACAUGUGGACUACCAAUGUGGCGGGAGACAUCUUUUGUUGGAGCCAAUAUUGUGACAGCACAAUCAGUGUGGGACGGUCUGUGGUUUCACUGUAUCCUUCAGGCCACAGGUCAGAUGCAGUGCAGGAGACACAACAGCUAUGUCACCAUGACCUCCGACCUGGAGGCUGGACGUGCCCUCACACUGAUCUCCAUCAUCGCUGGCUUCCUGGGCUUCAUCAUCACCCUCCUUGGAGGAGGCGUUGUCAAUUGUAGUGGUGCCCCACAGGACCCCUACGAGUCACCGUCUAGCAUAUCCUCCAAAAAGAAGGUAACCUUUUUGUUGCAGGCAUGUCUUGUUGGUGGCGUUCUGUGUAUCCUGGCAGGCAUCCUGUGCCUGAUUUCAGUCAGCUGGUCAGCUGCGGCAACCAUUUCUGUUGCCAAUGACCCCUUUGUGGCGCCAGCCAUGAAGAGAGAGGUGGGUUCCUCUGUCUACAUUGGCUUUGCCUCAUCUGUGCUGCUCCUGCUUGGUGGUAUCCUGAUGUGCCUUGUCUGUGGGGAGGAGGAGAAACCCACACCCUCCUACUACUCCUAUAUGCCGUACACCACCAACUCUCAAUACAGCGACACCUCAUCCCGUGUGGCUAUGCUGAGGCCUGACAAUGCAAGACCAAACAGCUUGAGGAUGGCUGAUCGUCCGGUGUCAAGGGUGAUGGAGCACACGGCACAGGUCCACAACAGUAACUCAUUCAGGAGAACCCCGAAUGAGGUUGGGGUGUAUAACGCCUGA